UAGCUGCCAAGCCCUGUCCUGCAGUAUUAUCUGGAACAAAAAUUUUCCAUGUGGUUGUUUUUAGCAGAGCUGCUCUAUGCAAACUGCACAUGAAGAUGUAAGUUGCACGAAAUAGAGCUUCUAGAAGGGGAAAUGCAUGGAAGAGGAGAUGGUUUGUGUUACGCAGUGGUCGCUUAACUGGAGAUCCAGAUGUCUUGGAAUAUUACAAAAAUGAUCAUGCCAAGAAGCCUAUCCGUAUUAUUGAUUUAAACUUAUGUCAGCAAGUUGAUGCUGGGUUGACAUUUAAUAAAAAAGAGUUUGAAAACAGCUACAUUUUUGAUAUCAACACCAUUGACCGAAUAUUCUACUUGGUAGCAGACAGUGAGGAAGAGAUGAAUAAGUGGGUUCGUUGUAUUUGUGACAUCUGUGGGUUUAAUCCUACAGAAGAAGAUCCUGUGAAGCCACCUGGUGGCUCCCUACAAGCGCCGGCUGAUUUACCUUUAGCUGUAAAUACAGCACCACCAUCCACCCAGGUGGAUUCAUCCUCUGCUGUCGCACCACCUCCGUACCAGCUCAUUAACCUACCACCACAUCUAGAAACCCUCGGCAUCCAGGAGGAUCCUCAAGACUACCUCUUGCUAAUCAACUGUCAAAGCAAGAAGCCUGAACCCACCAGCCAAGGGUCAUCUUUUGUUUCUGAAGAAGGAGAGGAAUACCUACUACUAGAAGAUUUUGAAAGCAAAACGAUUCCAUUGCAAACACACGCUGAUUCUGCAAAAUCCAUCUCUUCUGAAACAGACUGCAAUGAUAAUGUCCCUUCUCAUAAAAAUCCUGCUUCCUCCCAGAACAAACAUGGAGUGAAUGGCUUUUUUCAGCAGCAAAUGAUGUAUGACUCUCCGCCGCCUCGUGCUGCAUCUGUUUCUGUAGACUCCAGCCUUUAUAACCUGCCCAGGAGUUACUCCCACGAUGUUUUACCAAAGGUGUCUCCAUCGAGUACCGAGGCAGAUGGAGAACUCUAUGUUUUUAAUACCCCAUCUGGGACAUCAAGUGUAGAGACUCAAAUGAGGCAUGUAUCUAUUAGUUACGACAUUCCUCCAACACCUGGUAAUACUUAUCAGAUUCCACGAACAUUUCCAGAUGGAACUUUGGGACAGACGUCAAAGCUAGACACUAUUCCAGAUAUUCCUCCACCUCGGCCACCGAAACCACAUCCAGCUCAUGACCGAUCUCCUGUGGAAACGUGCAGUAUCACACGCACAGCCUCAGAUACUGACAAUAGUUACUGUAUCCCUACGGCAGGGAUGCCACCAUCACGUAGUAAUACCAUUUCCACUGUGGAUUUGAACAAAUUGCGAAAAGAUGCUAGUUCUCAAGACUGCUAUGAUAUUCCACGAACAUUUCCAAGUGACAGAUCUAGUUCACUUGAAGGCUUCCAUAACCACUUUAAAAUCAAAAAUAUAUUGACAGUGGGAAGCGUAUCAAGUGAAGAACUAGAUGAAAAUUACGUCCCAAUGAAUCCCAAUUCUCCUCCACGACAACAUUCCAGCAGUUUUACGGAACCAAUUCAGGAAGCAAAUUAUGUGCCAAUGACUCCGGGAACAUUUGAUUUUUCUUCAUUUGGAAUGCAAGUUCCUCCUCCUGCUCAUAUGGGCUUCCGGUCCAGCCCAAAGACCCCUCCCCGAAGGCCAGUUCCUGUUGCAGACUGUGAACCACCCCCCGUGGAUAGGAACCUCAAGCCUGACAGAAAAGGUCAAAGUCCUAAAAUUUUAAGACCCAAACCCCAUGGUUUAGAGCGAACUGAUUCACAAACCAUAGGUGACUUUGCUACAAGGAGAAAGGUCAAGCCAGCACCUUUAGAAAUAAAACCUUUGCCGGAAUGGGAAGAGCUACAAGCCCCAGUUAGAUCUCCCAUCACUAGGAGUUUUGCUCGAGACUCCUCUAGGUUUCCCUUGUCUCCCCGACCGGACUCAGUGCACAGCACAACUUCAAGCAGUGACUCCCACGACAGUGAAGAGAAUUAUGUUCCCAUGAACCCAAACCUGUCCAGCGAGGACUCAAAUCUUUUUGGCAGUAAUAGUCUUGACGGAAGAAGCAGUCCUAUGGUCAAGCCCAAAGGAGACAAACAAGUGGAAUACCUAGAUCUAGAUUUAGAUUCUGGGAAAUCCACACCACCACGUAAGCAAAAGAGCAGUGGCUCGGGCAGCAGUGUGGCUGAUGAGAGAGUAGAUUAUGUUGUGGUUGACCAACAGAAGACCUUGGCUCUAAAGAGCACCCGGGAAGCCUGGACAGACGGGAGACAGUCCACAGAAUCAGAAACACCAGCCAAGAUUGUGAAAUGAAAAUACUGCUUUGCUGAUUCUGAACAAAAGAGAACUGAAUUGUAGAGAUAAAUCCUGUUUAACUGAAGAAGACUUGGCACUUCUAGAUAGAUCCUCAACUGAGUAGAAUUGAAGUCAAAGGACCUUUCAGACAUAAUCAAACAAUUUAAACUGUAAAUGGUGCUUUGUGGUAUCUGAACAAUUCAUAACAUGUAAAUAAUAUGGGAAAAUAGUGUUGUUUAGCUCCCAGAGAAACAUUUGUUCCAUAGUUAACUCACUAGUAGUAUUACUGUAUUUAUGUACUUUUUCAUUUAAAACAUUGGUUUGGGUAUUCCCAAAUGUUCCUUAACAUAAUUCCUUUGGGAGUUCUUGUUUUUCCUCACACUACUCUAUAUAACAAUACUAAGUCAACUAAGCUACUUUUAGAUUUGGAAAUUGCUCUUUAAAGUGCACUCUAACAACAUUAAAAUGAGAAGUAGAUCCACAAUUUACCUUUCUACCCGAAACUUCAGGUGAUAACCCAUUAGCUUAAACCAUAGAGUACAGUUGGACUCAUCAUUCACUGCCUUCCAGAAUGCUGUGGAUAAUCAUGUACUGGUGUCAGGAACUAAUUCUCUGGUUCAUGUACAUUUAGUUUUCAGUGGCGGAACUUUAUUAUAUUUUGUUUAUUACAGUGUUUCUGAUUCAUUGAGUGAAGAUUCUGCCAGGUGGGGUCUUGCAUCUUGGAAAGACUGAAUAAUUACACUGUCAAGUAAGACUGUAGAUCACUUACAGCAUGCAGUGAUGAUGUGCUCUCACACUUGUUAACGUGUAUUAAACUUUACAUUAUUUGCAAAACGUAGGUUAUGUAACUAAUCAGGUACGUACCAGGCACCGAUGUGCUAAUACACUGAUCAGGUUCAGAUAAUGAGCUUUAGUUGUGUUCUUGUAAGUCCUAAUAUUGGUUUCCAGUUUGGACCUAAUGAAACAUUCACUGUUAGUUAUAGCAACAUACUGUGAUUUUUUUAAUUAGACAGUAAUUCAGAUUUAUUACUCUUAAAAAUGAAAUUCUAUCUUUUGACACCAUAGUGCCCUUUCUAUGAUUUUUUUAGCUUUACUUUAUAUUCUUCUUGGCCUUAUAUUUAAAUCCCUAUGCAAUUAAUAUUUUAUAUCUACAUUUUAAAAAAUAGAUGUUCUAUAAGUGAUUCUCAUAUGUAGCACUUAUUGCUUUUCCAGUAAAAGAAUUAAGGAUUUUGUACUGUAAUUUCUAUUCACUGCCCUAAUUCAAGAAAUAUUGAAGCAUUGCUAUAAUGUGAAAUCUUAUAGUCAUGGACCUCUUCCAACCAGAUAUCUCAAACGACCUAAGGAAUUAUAUAAUUCUUUCUCACCUAUAAUAUGGUCCUGUGAUAUGGAUAUCAAAACCACAAAUUUUUUAUAGUGAGGCUAUAGUUGUAUUUAUCUGUUUUGGCUUUGCAGUGUAAUUUAGAAAGCAGGUAUAGUUGUUUGCUUGUUUUUUAACUAAGUUACAUACAAUCUUUUACUGAUUUGAGACUUACUAACAGUUUUUGGAGGGGGCGGAGAUAGGCGUGCCCACAGCUGAGGCAUGAUUCCCUCCAUUCAGACCUCUAACUGUUGCCUAAGUACAUAGAUGUACCCUGAUAUCUGGUCUCUUGGCCAUAGUACUGUGCCUAAUCAAUGUAAUGGGUUUAUUUCCCCAAUUCAUGAACUAAAAAAUGUUCAUAACAAGAUGAAUUGUAGACUAGUAACAUUUGAUGCUUUUAAAUGUUUGCGUCUUUUUAAAUGAAAACUAAAACCCAGGAGUGAAUUUCCAGGUGGAUCUUUAAAUAAAAAGACUGUUUGAAUUUGGUGUGUGUAAGCUGUUUUGUAAUGAAACCACAAAAUAAAAUCCAAAAUUACUGAAAUGUGCCUAAACUAUUAAAACACACAGCACACUUGUGUAAAAUUGCUAAAUUACGUUACGUGGAAGAUGAAUGCAUUUUCAGAUUUAGAACACAACAGUAAAUAUAUUCAGUAAGUAUAUUAUCAAUUCAAAGGUGGAAAUACUGUUUAAAGCUGCCUAUCAAGAGUCUAAGGCAAAUAGACUGACUUUUUUUAGUGUGGGUUUUCCAUUUUUUACAAGUUCUCAUUUUUUAAGACAUGCACCACUCUAAUUUGUAGAAGUUUUCCCACUGUGCAGAAUAAUUUAAGAAUUGAAAUGUAUUAGGCAGUUAGUUUUAGAAAACGUAAUCACAUUAAAACAUUGUAUUAACGAAUUAAAAGACAGUUUCUUAUAGAGCCUCAUUUUCCAAACAUUUUUUUAGCAGUGGAAUCUUCAAUAAAAUUUUGUGUAACGCCAACACAUGAAGUCUGAAAAGUUUGUUUUAUCAAUGUAAAUAUUUUGGGUUCACAUUUAAGUUGAUUUAUCUUAAUCCAUUACUAGGAAUAAAAUUUGCGAGUAACACAAAUGUGUAAUUGGCAUUAUAGAGUUGGCCAAAAACUUCAGCAGCCAAUUUGUUUUAUUUGCAUAUUAUCAGGAAAGAUUUGAUUCACACGAACUUAAGUAAGUGUAAAUAAUAGCAGGUUUUAAGAACACAUCUCAGAAUGUUCUUUAAUUAGAGAUAGCUGAAGUUGUAUUCCAAGGUUUAAAAAAAACCAUUCUUGUAGUGGAAGUUAAUACAUACACAGUCUUCAGUGUGGUUAAGAAAAAGGGGGGGACAAAUGCACAUUAGAAUGUGCAUUUUUAUUGUUUUAAAAAUACACAUUCAUAAAAACAAAAAUUUUUAAAACCCUAAUCACCUCCAAAAAGCUGAGUUUUAGCCAGGCAAGAUAUGGAAACCACUGGUUAAUCAUGUGAGUCACAUUAUAAGUCAGAAGUGUUUUUCUCCCACGUGUUUGAUGUUGUGUAUUUUUUAUUUCUUACUUUGAAAAACAGUAAAAUUUUAUGAGAUUUUGAAUACCAAAGCACAGUUCUGCUUUUAAGAAUGGAAAUUUAAACUUGAAUAAUUUAAGCUACUUAACCCAUGGAAGGUAUCACUUAGUAAGCUGUAAAAGAUGGUUUUUAUCUACACUCUGUACAUCUUCAUCAAUACUAGAUAAGCUACUGUGAGCAUUUUAGAGAAUUCCAUAAGGUACUGCUAUGAAUGUGUGUGUGUGUAUAGCGUUGUAUUUAAUCAUAGACUAAAUUUGAUAGAAAAACACUGCUAUACUUGCACAUUAAGAUCAUAAGUCUAUUUCUUGUGGACUCUAUAAUUAAUGGGGGUCACAAUCUUCAUAUUCAUAAAUGCAUUUAAACUGGAAAUUGAACACAGUGUUUGUAUUUAUUUUUCUGCUAGUAGGAAGUUGUCUGCUUACCCCCCUUUAAUGAAAACAGUAUUUUUGAUAUUUUUUAAAAUAGUAGCUACUUUAUACCUGUACACUGUACCAUAGACAGUGAUCUCAAUUCUCGGAUGCUUUCGAAUGCUCUUAGUGCCUCUUUCUUUGGCCCACUGAAAGUAUCGGUAUUAGUAUUUUGAAUGAAUACAAAACCUCUAGAAAUUCAGAGACAACAAAGUCUCUUCUAACUCUGUCUUUGGGUCAUUCUGGUGGGUCUUGUCCUUUAUUGUCAAAUAAGCAGUUGGGUCCAUAGCAGGAAUUGUACAUAUGACCAAAUCAAGUGGCUACAGAGAGAGAGACAUAUAUAUACUUACAUACAUAUCUUAGGGUAAGACUGUCAAUAACAUCUGAUAUGUUAUAUGUAAAUCUGUAUAUAAUUUAAAACACUUGACAGCUCUGAAAUGAAAAGCCAUGGUGUAAAUGAAUAAUGUUGACAUUAUAGACUUGAUAGCAUGAGAAGCUGAUUGCCAGGUUGUGGAGAUAAUUGGUUUUUACUCUGACUAAAAAUGUUUCUGUAUUCCUACAGCUUGAAAUAAUUUAGCUUGUCUUCUUUUCCAUAAACUUAACUUUCUUUAGGUUCAUUAUAAUGUCUGUUAUGAGUUUGAACAAACUGUUUAGUCAAGGGAUUAACGUAGCUUCUACUUUCUUUCCCUAAAAAGAUGUAGCUUUGUGUAAGUUGUUGUGACCUUCAUCAAUUGUUGAUAAUCAUCCCAAAUUUCGACAGCAAAAUCUUAUGUAUGUUUAUUUUCCCUCCUUUGCACAAAUUUUUUUGUAAAGAUCCAAUUGUAGGUAUUUUCUGCUACCAAAUAAAACUUUUCAAACAA